AUUAUAUUAAGCAUAAUGGAGAAUUUAUUCCAAGCUUCCUUUACCGACGGUCUGAAAACCAUCAGGCAUUCAAGAAAAACCGAAGAGUUGCUUCGCAAACAAGCAUAUUUAUUUAUGUCGCUUGAUAAGAUUUUUGAACUAUCAAAUGUAUACUCCGAAUCCGACAAACUUGAAGGAGCGCUAGAAGAAAUAAAGUGGCAUUGGGAUUUCAUUUUUAAAACCCAUAUCGACAUACUUGUUGAUCAUGGCGGAUCCUACUCUGAGUAUGAAAAUAUAUAUUACGAGAAGCAAGCUAUAUGUAGGCGCCAAAAGAGAAAGAUAUAUCUCAAAUUACAUUCUUUAGAAACGCAUAUGGAUUCACCGGUACUUUAUUCAUAUAAUUCAGAAAAUUUCUUAUAUGCCUUGGAAACAGGUAAUAAUCAAACCUGGAAAGAUUCAAUUGCAAAACAACAGCGACCUUCAUCAAAUUUUAGCAUCAGCAAAAAUUCGCUGUCAACGCAUUUCGAUACACAAGGUCAAGGAAAUGCAAAUUUAAAUUGUAAUUCUACGCAAGCAGAGCAAUCAUUUCAAUAUAAAUCGGACAAGAAAAUCUCUUCGACUUCGGCAAUGGUGGAAGGUUUAGCAGAAAGUGGUAACAAUCAGCAGAUACCAUCAGGCAUAGCAAUGAUGCCAAUACAGAAGACCACUGAUGUGCAGCAGGAAACAUCGAUAGUGGCAUUGGCGGAAGCAGUGGCAGCCAGUCUCGGAGUGGACUCCAAAGAGCCCACCCGGUACCGGACUCCGAUAGGUCUUAGUGUUAAUCACAGUAUACAUGCAGAUACUUAUCAAGGCGGAGAAUUAUCCAAAUUGGCAGAAAGCGUAGCACAGUCGUUAACUGACUACAGCAAGGAGCAACAUAGCACAGAAGAAAAAGAAAGGUAAUGUCUUUCGUAAAAGGGGAAGAUUGCGAAACGUUAUCAUUCCGCAAUAUAGCAGGCUCACCGAUUCAGGAUUUAGUAAAAGUACUAUACAGCAAACUUAUUCGGAUAUGCAAUCCUAUGAGUCAAAUAUGAGUAAUCAGAGGAAGAGAAAGAAAAGCACCAUAUAUAAAAUAAUACUUAAAAUUCCUUUAAGCAUACAAACCAGAGACUAUGUUUCGUAUGUUCAGUUCCAUUUAUGUAUAACAUACAUUGUCGAAACUUUACAUUAAAUACUGAGGGAAAGUUAUUAUUAUACAUAAGUACAUCAAUUUACAUAAAUCAUUUUAAACGUGAAAAACGAUUAAUAAUAUAAUAUCAUAAACAAUGAAUGGAAUGCCAGUUAAGCAAAAUAUCAUAUGUUAGCUAGUGGAUUGACCUACUGUGAAAGACGUCAACUACAAUGAAUAAUAUUAUGCAGAUAUCAAUUAUCAAAUUACGGUUGCACUUUAUAACAAUUAUAUUUAACCUAGGUCAUGGUUGCAUUCACCAAACCUGUAAUAUACUCUUUAUGCUCAUGAUAGUUCUCAGAAUGUGCUCAAGACAGGUAGAGGAUAGGACAUUACAAUCAUAUAAAGUUCAGGAGACGUCACGGAGCAGUAGGUGCAGCAUCGGCAGAAUCAGCAGCCGGUCUCGCAGUGGCCUCAGGAGAAGCCACCCGGGACCGGACACCGGUUAGUUAGUGCAAGGGCCCAUGACCUAUGGGUCCUAGUGUUAGUGAUAGUGCUGUGAUUAAAAGUGUUAGCGUAAGCCUAGAGACUGUUAAGCAUAUGAUGAAAUCAUCUUGUAAAGCACUACAUAUUCAUCUUGCACUUUUGCCUGGGGGAGUAUGUACGAGCCAAGGCUGUACAUUUUACUCGCUCAGGCUUCCUUAUUUUAUAAGCUUAAUUAUUCCCUAUGUAAGUACGUGCCAGGGCUCGUACAUUCCGAUCAUCUACAACCGUGAUGAUUUCCUAUGUAAGUACGUGCCAGGGCUCGUACAUUCCAAUCAUCUACAAGCGUGAUGUUUGUCUUAUGUAAGUACGUGUCCUGGCUGUACAGUUUGAUCACAUAUAAGCAUGACGAUUUCCUACAAUCGUCGGAGUCACGCCCCGAGAGUAUAGCCCGACGCAGGCACUCUCUUCGACUGUUACUAUGCAGUCAUUCGUAAUUAACUAAAUCGUUGGAGUUUCACCCCGGGAGCAUAGCCAGACGUAGGCACUCUCUCUGUUUGUUAGAUUGCACUUAUUAUAUAGCAAUUAACAUAAUAGUUAUUAUUUCGCUCAUAUUCUAUUGUAUAACGCGAGUGAUAAAUAUAGAGUAAGU